AAUGUCCAAUGUUAUCGCCCCUUGUCAAGACAGGAUUCGUCUGUCCCGAUAUUUUCGAGUGACAGUUUUUGUCAGCAGUAUCUAACCAUCCAUUCAAAGUCGCAAUCAUUAGCGCUUUCUAGAUGCAUAGCCUGACCUUUGCAUAUUGAAUCAUUCUCAGCAGUCAAGAGCAGCAGCGAGAAUGCUGAGACAGACACUUCCUGGACAUCGGUAGCUACUGCGAGGGACAAAGUACCGUAAUAGUUAUGAAAAUGGAAAGGAUCUCCAGACGCUUGCUCCGUCUACGGCACGGGGGACAAUCCACUGUGAUACCGCGACAAGGUGCACAACGCCUGGCUUCUCUUCAGCAGGUCAGCACGCUACCAGACAAGAAGCGUCAGGGGGUGCUAUUCCCCUUUAGCUCGCUAGAGGGCCACCUAGACCGCGCUAUCGACCGCUCCGACUUCCAGCUGUUCCAGCCGAGCGAGGGAGACCUGCGGCACGCCGAGAGACUCUUCACCCCCUCGGCCAAACAUCAGAUCCUCUACACCUCCUCUGCUGUCAGGGUUGACCAUGCACCAGACGCACAGCAGCCAGAGGUGUGUUUCAUCGGCCGUAGCAACGUGGGGAAGUCCUCUCUCAUCAGAGCUCUGUUCUCUCUGGCUCCCGAGGUCGAGGUCAGAGUCUCCAAAACGCCAGGCCACACUAGGAAGCUGGAUUUCUUCAGGGUGGGUCGGGCCUUCACCCUAGUGGACAUGCCUGGCUACGGUCACAAGGCUCCCACUGACUUCACUGACAUGGUGGAGCCCUACCUACACUCUCGGGAGAAUCUGGUCCGGAUGUUCCUAUUGGUGGACGGUUCCGUGGGUCCUCAGAGGGCUGACCUGGUCGCCGUGGAGAUGUGUGAGGAGUUCUGUAGGCCCUAUGUGGUGGUGGUAACUAAGGUGGAUAAGGUGCGUCCAGGUAUUCUGCUUCCCAACCUGUUGCAGGUGCAGAAACUCAUCAGAAACCAGACAACACACUGCUACCCACAACCCUUCCUAGUCAGCUCUGUGCAGUACUCUGGAGUGCACCUACUCAGGUGUUUCAUUGCACACGUGACUGGAAACCUACAGCUGAAUACACACACAUGAUGUGGGACACACACACACACACACACACACACACACACACACACACACACACACACACACACACACACACACACACACACACACACACACACACACACACACACACACACACACACACACACACACACACACACUCUGAAACACACUUUGGAUAGAACCCCAAGUGGACUAGACGGUAGGAGGGCAACUGAGCCAGAUGAGAACUGCACACAUGCACAGACCAUGCACAGGUAUUAAACUGCAUGGGCCUACUACCAGACCCAGUGGCCCAAGUGUCAAGGGGGGCCUGAAGCACUAUCCUCUAUAUUUGCAUUGUCAUAUUGCAUUUACAUCGCACUUUUAACAACUGUGUUUUCAAAUUCUCUUGGACAAGCCCCCCAAACCCCAGACAACAUAGACUCUCACACCUGGCCUAAGACCACCCAUUGGGUUACCAAAUUGGGUUAUUGGAUUACCUGACACAAGACACACAUUCUCACACACAUUCUACACAUGUCUCUGUCUACCUGGCUGUGAACUAUAGUACGUAGAGUGUCUGGGGAAUGGAUUACUAAAGAGGCAAAGCAAAUCAGAUAUAUUUGUAUGGAUAUGGUAUUUGUGUGUUCACAGAAAAUAAUUUGUAAAUAAAUGCAUUGAGUUUGGGUA